AUGGACUGUGGAGAUAUCUCAUGUCGAAGAACCUUCCAGAAAAGGAUCAAAGAUGCCAACCCAGAGUGGGCAGCAGCGGUGGAGCAUUUGGAGGAGGGCAAACCGGCAGGGUUGGACGAGUCGUUCGGCAUGAGGAGGCAGCUGCAGCGGAGCGAAGAGACAAGAACUGCUGGUUCUGAAAGUGCCGAGUCUGGGAGCGCUGAUUCUGGAAUGUCUAAACGGGAGCUGAUGGGCAUGCGGAGGCGACCGGAUGGGGAUAUAGAGAUCAGUGAAGAGGAGUGGGAGAGGCAUGGCGAGUUUAAUGUGCCAAGCUGUGGUGCAUGUGGUGGGGCGCUGAAACCUAAUGUUGUACUUUUUGGCGACAACCUUCCACCUGCCCGCAAUCAAGAAGCUGCCCGGAUGAUGUCAUCUGCCGACUCGCUAUUGGUCGUUGGCUCCUCAUUGAUGGUGCUCUCAGCUUUCAGGAUAGCAAGCCAAUGCGUGCAAGAAGGCAAACCGCUUGCACUGCUAGCUGUGGGCCCAAACCGUGCUGAUGGCAUUGCUCGGAUCAAGAUCGAGGCGCGAUGUGGGGAGGUGAGAUGUGGGGAGGUGAGAUGUGGGGAGGUGAGAUGUGGGGAGGUGAGAUGUGGGGAGGUGAGAUGUGGGGAGGUGAGAUGUGCGGAGGUGAGAUGUGGGGAGGUGAGAUGUGCGGAGGUGAGAUGUGGGGAGGUGAGAUGUGGGGAGGUGAGAUGUGGGGAGGUGAGAUGUGGGGAGGUGAGAUGUGGGGAGGUGAGAUGUGCGGAGGUGAGAUGUGCGGAGGUGAGAUGUGGGGAGGUGAGAUGUGCGGAGGUGAGAUGUGGGGAGGUGGGGUCACAUGAUUAUCCCUGCUUCGGUUGGGGUAGAAAAUCUCUUGUCAAAAGAAUGUUCUGA